GGGAGGGGGGGGAAAGAAAAACCUCGCGCUGAGGGAGAAAAGCGAGGCGGGGGCCGCGGAAACGCGGUGAAGCGGCGGCGGCGGCGGCGGCGGGGUUGAGCGGGGCAGGCUUCCCCGUCGCCCGCCCCUCGGCCCGGCCGCCCUGGAGCGGCGAGAGCAGCAUGGCCGCCAGCCUGUGGAUGGGAGACCUGGAACCCUAUAUGGAUGAGAACUUCAUUUCAAGAGCUUUUGCUACUAUGGGACAACUAGUCCUGAGUGUGAAGAUAAUUCGGAAUAGAUUGACAGGGAUUCCAGCAGGCUAUUGCUUUGUAGAAUUCGCUGAUCUGGCCACAGCAGAGAAAUGUUUACAUAAAAUCAACGGGAAGCCCCUUCCUGGCGCCACCCCUACAAAGCGCUUUAAAUUAAACUAUGCCACAUAUGGGAAGCAGCCUGAUAACAGCCCAGAAUAUUCCCUGUUUGUUGGGGAUCUUUCCCCUGAUGUAGAUGACGGGAUGAUAUAUGAAUUUUUUGUAAAAGUAUACCCAUCAUGUCGGGGUGGAAAAGUGGUCGUGGAUCAGACAGGCGUUUCCAAAGGCUAUGGUUUUGUGAAAUUCUCAGAUGAACUGGAGCAAAAAAGAGCACUGGUAGAGUGCCAGGGGGCUGUCGGCCUUGGUUCUAAGCCGAUACGCUUGAGCGUUGCCAUACCAAAAGCUAAUCGGCUGAAGAUGGUAGAGUACAAUCAGAUGUACAACUAUAACUAUAACCAGUACUAUCAACAGUAUCAGAACUACUAUGCCCAUUGGGGAUACGAUCAAAACACCGGCAGUUACAGCUACAGCUAUCCACAAUAUGGCUACACACAGAAUACCAUGCAGACAUAUGAAGAAGUGGGUGAAGAUGCAUUAGAAGGCUUCCUUCCAUUGGCAGAUCCGAUGCCCCAGACGGAUGUGAGUGAAGCCAACAAGCAGUUUAUGGAGCAGAGCGAAGAACUCUAUGAUGCCUUGAUAGAAUGCCAUUGGCAGCCUUUGGACAGUGUGUCUUCAGAGCUCCAGGCUGCGUAAUUGCCAUGUUGCUGAUAAUGCUCCCUCCGAGCCGUGUGCCAGUGGGCCUUGGAUUCCUGCCAAAGCGCAUGGAAGUUGCAGCUGCAAACGGACUCAUCCCUCUCUCUCCACCAGAUCCUCAAGUCAAGGAUGCAGAGGACAGCUUUGGGUUCUUCCUGGACUUCGUCGAGCAGCAGAGUGUAGCAGAGGAGGAUUGUGGUCACUUCUAUUUGAGAUGAAAUUAGAACUUGGGGACUUAGUUUUACUUCUUCUCCCUUCCCGCCCCCCCUAUUGAUUUUAAGGCAAGACUUGUUUAUCCUAGCCAAGAAGUUCUAAUUUAUGAACUAAAUAAAAGAUGGGAAAUCUUAAUUCCAACUACAAUUUAAAAAAAAGUAUGUUUUACACAAUAAGGUGGGGAAUAUCUGGUGUUCUCCAUAGGGUAAAUGGCAUCAAGAGUCAGAAGCAGGCCCAUCGAACAGUUCCAGGAGUCCUUUCUUUUUCUUUGCUGAAAUAAAUCUCCAUCGAAAUGAUUUUGAAGCAAAACCGCACUAUGAAGUAAAAAAAAAACACCUUUGAGGGAGCAGGAAUUUGGGCAAACGUUUAGCAGUUUCUGAAAGGGGAUACAAAUUCUACAUUUUGAAGCACGUACAGGCAACUUCUAUUUAAAACAAACAGAUAUUCUGUUUUAAUAUGAAGAAGUCUUAAGGCAAUCAGAGAAAUUUUAAUUGUGUACUCCAUAGCUGGAUAAUAUCUUUAUUGGGAGCCACUGAAAGGAUGCAGCAGCGUUUCCCAGGACUUCAAAACUCUGCUAGUAACAAUAGAAAAAGAAAAGAAAAAGAGAAAUAUAAUUCCGCCUCAAAUGAGGUCUGGUAUUUCACUCAUGAGCUGCGCAGUUUGAAGGCAGUGUGAAUAUGAAGAUAAUGAGUUAAAUGCAGUAAUUAUUGACAGACGUUCCUAGUGUCUGAUUACAGGUGAAUUGGAUUGAGAUGGGCAGCUAUAAUGAAUAAAUAAAUAAUCUUGCAUUCAAAGAAUAGAAGUUGCUUCCUUCCGUUUUGAAUACACAGAUGCUGUCCUUUAUAUUAUCUCUGUUAUAAGGUGCAGAGAAGGGUGGGGAUUUUGAAGCUUUGGGCAAUGCUGGGCCAGUUUUAUAAAUUGGCAUUUUUAGCAUCUCUAGGUAGGACUAGAGGCCAUGUCAGCCUGAGAUGUCUUGCUUGUUGCUGUACAAGUUGUAUUGUUAAUAGGACGAUUCCCACGACUACACUGCGUUUAUUGUAGUGAUGAUUAAAGGAAAAUUGCUAAAAGCAAACGGGUGUUAACGUCUCCAGUGGAUGUCCACUUAGUUAAAUUUCUGCAGGGAAAGGAAAAUGUGUGCAUUUAUAGCAGGGCUUAUUUCCGAUUUAGAAAUGAAGAGAAAUUUAUGCAAGUCACUUAAGUCUUACCGGGUAAGAAUAACCUGUAAAAAAUUGUGUACCUGUGGAAUGGAAUAACCAAGUAAACAUAUAUUGAAUUA